AUGGCUCAAAAGCGAUGUGCUACUUCGUCUGGUCCAAUAAUCGCGUUACCACCGAAUUAUAAGCUCCUACCAGAUGACGUGCAUUGCUUGGUUGGGCUUAAUGGAAGUGGAAAGACUCAAUUUUUGGCCAAGCUGCAGAAACAUGUCGAGGCGCAGAAGGCAAGUGGAGAACUGCCGGCGUCCUGCCGUCUAGCAAGCCUCAGUCUUGAUGAUCAUCGGGAGUUCGUGGCACAACAUGGAAACCGUGUGGUGGCUGAUGUGCUUGGAGGAAUUGGCUCGCCAACUGCGAGGGAUUUAAUUGUGCGCCUUGGGUUGUUUCCUGUAUGGGAACAGCAAGUGCGUCACUUGUCAACAGGAGAAAUGAGAAAAUUAAUGCUUGCAGUGGCGCUGGUAAAUACCCCCAAGGCAUCAGUGCUGAUUCUAGAUCAACCAUUCGACGGCUUGGACGUAAAGGCGAGAAGGCAGCUCCAGUGGAUGCUUGAACAAUUGACAAGGGGAUUUACCAGAUUAUUGGUUGAGACAACAGGAGCUAAACAUGAAGCAUUUGCUUACAAAACACAAGUACUACUGGUCGCGAAUCGACUGGAGCAGGUUCUUCCUGAGAUCUUUACGCAUACACUGCUUUUUAAACAGUGUGAAAGCGAUCAUAAUUAUGAGGUUGUUGCUUGGUCAAAAAGAGAAGACGAUGGCGCACGAAAUAAGGCAAUGAUACAUCAUUUAGAGGCGUUUUAUGCGGAAGAGCACGAAAAGCGGAUCAAGAUGACUGACACUGAGCUUGUGUAUCUUGUCAAGAAACUUUACAAGUGCCAGGACAAAGCCCGACGUCAUCACGGCAACAUGCCUGCCUUGAAACUGAAAGGCGUUUCGAUCUCCUAUGAUAACAAGAGAAGUCUUUUAAAGAAUGUGAACUUUGUGCGCUAUAUGCAUGAACAUUGGGCUUUGCUUGGCCCCAAUGGAUCUGGCAAGAGCUCUCUUAUGCGUGUUCUGAUGCAAACACCGGGCCAUGGCUUGGCUGAAGGUGAGGUAUAUGUUGUCGGAAAGCAAGUGAAAACCAUGGUUUCAGACUCGAUCAGCGAGAAUGCGACACAAGAAUCAAAGUUAAGACUGGAAACUGUCUCAACAGACCAACACAUCCAAAUUUUGAACAAAAGCUUGCAGGUGGAGAACAUGGACGGCCAAUCUGCCUUCAGCCUAAUUGAAAAAAAUGCAGCAAGUCCAGAAGCUGCCAAGCUUACCAUGCACUUGUUAAUGCUUCCGAAUUCAGUGCAUGCGCGUUCUCUCUCGCAACUUUCACAGGGGGAGCAAAAGCUUGUUUUGAUUGCUCGCACUCUAGCAGCAUGCCCAAAUUUGUUAAUUCUUGACGAGAUCACCCACGGCUUAGAUCCAUUUAAUCGUGCGCACGUCUUGCGAGUGAUCGAGACUAUCGGUCAGCACGCGGCACAACUAACUCAUAUGGUGUUGAUCACGCACCACGAAGAAGAAAUCACUCCAUGCUUUUCGAGCAUUUUUGAAAUAAAAGACAAUCAAAUCGUCGAGCUGUCUCGCCAAGACGCUGUAAAAACAAAGUAG